UGUGUGUAUAUGUAUAUAUGGUGGUUGAAAAAAAAAAAAUAUUAUAGGAAGGAAGCUUUACUUAAAGGCAAUGGAGACUCUGCACCCAACUACACCACCCUUAACGUGGACACAUUAGGUGAGAGCAGCAGAUCAGAUACUCAUCUUCUCCUACUUCUUUCAUUCAUAAAACACGAUCCUUCUUCUCAUUUCAUUCCCUCAUCACUCCGUUUUUCCCACUUCCCCCCUUCAAUCCGCCAUGGAAGCCAGUGCUGGUUUAGUCGCUGGGUCUCACAACCGCAAUGAGCUUGUCGUCAUUCACAACCACGAAGAGCCCAAGCCUUUGAAGAAUCUGGACGGUCAAGUUUGUGAGAUAUGUGGCGAUGACGUUGGCUUGACGGUGGAUGGGGACUUGUUUGUGGCCUGCAACGAGUGUGGUUUUCCUGUGUGCAGGCCAUGUUAUGAGUAUGAGAGAAGGGAAGGGACUCAAAUAUGUCCCCAGUGCAAGACUAGGUACAAGCGUCUCAAAGGGAGCCCACGAGUGGAGGGAGAUGAAGAUGAAGAGGACAUUGAUGAUAUCGAGCACGAGUUCAACAUCGAAGAUGAGCAGAACACGAACAAGCACCUUGCAGAAGCAAUGCUUCAUGGCAAGAUGAGCUAUGGAAGAGGCUACGAUGAUGAUGAAAACUCUCAAUUCCCACCAGUCCUAGCUGGCGGACGAUCUAGACAAGUGAGUGGAGAAUUCCCUGUUGGAAAUUAUGGCUAUGGAGAACAAAUGACGUCUUCUUCGGUUCAUAAACGAGUGCACCCAUAUCCAGUAUCUGAACCUGGAUGGGAUGAAAAGAAAGAGGGAGGAUGGAAAGAAAGAAUGGAUGACCGAAAGCUGCAGCAAGGGAACUUGGGACCUGAACCCGAUGAUUCAAAUGAUCCGGACAUGGCGAUAUCUCUGCUAUUUUCUGAUGAUGGUGCUUCCAUGCACUUUGAAUCUCUGUCUGAAACUGCUGAAUUUGGUCGGAAGUGGGUGCCCUUCUGCAAAAAGUUUUUGAUAGAGCCCCGAGCUCCAGAAAUGUACUUUACCUUGAAGGUGGAUUACCUCAAGGACAAAGUCCAGCCAACAUUUGUUAAGGAGCGUCGAGCAAUGAAGAGGGAGUAUGAAGAAUUCAAGGUCAGGAUAAAUGCCCUUGUGGCAAAAGCAACAAAGGUUCCUAAAGAGGGGUGGAUCAUGCAAGAUGGGACUCCAUGGCCAGGGAACAACACCAAGGAUCAUCCUGGUAUGAUUCAGAUAUUCCUUGGUAGCAGUGGAGGUCACGAUGUUGAAGGAAACGAGCUUCCUCGUCUUGUUUAUGUGUCUCGUGAGAAAAGACCUGGUUUCCUACAUCACAAAAAAGCUGGUGCCAUGAAUGCCCUGAUUCGAGUUUCCGGGGUACUUACCAACGCUCCUUUCAUGCUGAACUUGGACUGUGACCAUUAUGUGAACAACAGCAAGGCUGCUAGAGAAGCCAUGUGUUUCUUAAUGGACCCUCAGAUAGGAAAAAAGGUCUGCUAUGUUCAGUUCCCUCAAAGAUUUGAUGGUAUUGAUAGGCACGACCGUUAUGCCAACAGAAAUACAGUCUUCUUUGAUAUUAACAUGAAAGGUCUAGAUGGAAUUCAAGGUCCUGUAUAUGUGGGUACUGGCUGUGUAUUUAGAAGACAAGCUUUAUAUGGCUAUGAACCUCCGAAGGGGCCCAAGCGCCCGAAGAUGGUAAGCUGUGAUUGCUGCCCCUGCUUUGGACGCCGCAAGAAGCAUAGGAAAUAUUCUAAGGGCGAACAAAAUGGAGAAGCCCCUAGCUUUGAAGUUGGAAUGGAGGAUGAUAAGGAAUUAUUGAUGUCCCAAAUGAACUUUGAGAAGAAAUUUGGGCAGUCCGCAAUUUUUGUGACUUCAACUUUGAUGGAAGAAGGUGGGGUUCCUCCUUCCUCUAGCCCUGCAGCUCUACUUAAGGAGGCCAUUCAUGUGAUCAGCUGUGGAUAUGAAGAUAAAACUGAAUGGGGGACUGAGCUGGGUUGGAUUUACGGAUCAAUUACAGAGGAUAUUCUAACAGGUUUCAAGAUGCAUUGUCGUGGUUGGAGGUCUAUAUACUGUAUGCCAAAGAGACCCGCAUUUAAGGGUUCUGCUCCCAUCAACUUGUCUGAUCGGCUCAACCAAGUGCUUCGAUGGGCACUUGGAUCUGUUGAAAUCUUCUUUAGUCGCCACAGUCCUGUUUGGUAUGGCUACAAGGGAGGCAAUCUCAAGUGGCUAGAGAGAUUUGCAUAUGUGAAUACUACUAUUUACCCUUUUACCUCUGUACCUCUCCUUGCUUACUGCCUCCUCCCUGCUAUCUGCCUGCUUACUGAUAAAUUCAUCAUGCCAUCUAUAAGUACAUUGGCAAGUCUCUUCUUCAUUGCCCUCUUUGUUUCAAUCUUUGCUACCGGUAUCCUUGAGAUGAAGUGGAGUGGAGUGGGAAUUGAAGAAUGGUGGAGAAACGAGCAAUUCUGGGUCAUUGGUGGUAUUUCAGCUCAUCUCUUUGCCGUUGUUCAAGGUCUUCUCAAGGUUUUGGCCGGUAUUGAUACAAACUUCACUGUUACCUCAAAGCAAACCGAUGAUGAGGAAUUUGGGGAACUGUAUGCUUUCAAAUGGACAACACUUCUUAUCCCUCCAACAACCGUGUUGAUCAUAAACCUUGUUGGUGUUGUUGCUGGGAUCUCAGAUGCCAUAAACAACGGUUACCAAUCAUGGGGACCUCUGUUUGGGAAACUAUUCUUUUCUUUCUGGGUGAUUGUGCAUCUCUAUCCAUUCCUUAAAGGUCUUAUGGGAAGACAGAACAGGACACCCACCAUCGUUGUUAUAUGGUCUGUGCUCUUGGCUUCCAUCUUCUCCUUGCUGUGGGUCAGGAUCGAUCCAUUCGUACUCAAAACCAAGGGACCUGACACUACGCAGUGUGGCAUCAAUUGCUGAAAAGAAGAAAAAGUACUUUGUUUUGCUUCUUUCUAAUUGCAUCUCUACAAAGGAUGCAUUUGCUUUCUUGUCUCUACAAGCAGUAUCGAUUGUCAUGUAUAUGAUGAACCAACAACAGGGUGAUGCACAAGAAAGAAUAAACCUAGAGUGAAAAUUUUUUGUCCAGCAAUACUAAAUACCCAUUGUUUUACUUGUCAUAUGUAUAGCUUUAAUUGCGUUAUGAAUUCAUGCCAACGUGAAUGAAUUUAGCUUGUAAAAGAACAAGACUUCUCUUUCAAAUUGUGCCUUAUGUUUGGAUUUUGUAGCAA